AUGACGUCGUCAGACCAUAGUAAAUCUAAUGAUCCAACUAGCUCGAGAGGGAAGGAAAAAGUAUGGGAGCGAGAAGAUUAUCGUGGAGAAGAUUUGCUUCACAAAUCUAAACAAGUAGAACCACUGUCCAAUAAAGAGGCGGCGUUUGUUGAUGGCAUCUCGGAAACUGAUCACCAGCGCUCGCAUGCUGCCUUGAUAAUCGUCGUUGUGCCUGGAAAUAUCCCGUGCACGCGGAACAACAGUCCGGCAGCUGUAUUUCUACGACCUGUGGUUUUGCACUUUCCAUCACGGAUACCCUCAUCUUGCUCUUUUCUCCUUCUCCUUUUAUGUGCAGCAGCAGCAGCAGAGCCUUGUUCCAUUGCUAGGUGUGGCAAAAACAAAGUCCCUAUACGGUUCCCUUUCCGUCAACAAGGUAAACAGCCCGAAAACUGCGGGUACCGAGGCUUUGACCUCAGGUGCGGUAGUCAAGACACGAUUUAUCUAGACCUUCCUUAUUCCGGAGAGUUUUACGUCCGUGAUAUCAACCAUCUCGAUCAACAGAUAAGUCUAUACGACCCUGGCGAUUGCCUUCCGAAGCGGCUUCUCGGCUUAAACCUUCCGGGCUCUCCCUUUGUGCCUGUUUUUAUUCAGAACUACACGUUCUUAAACUGCCCAACUCAGGUCACAACGUCUCGGUUCAAUGCCAUUGAUUGCCUAACCAAUUCAACGAACUCGGUCUUGGCUACUUCUUCCGCAAGGCUUGCGAAUAGGAUUGCCUCAUCAUCGUGUCGUAUCAUCACUGUGUUGUCGAUUCCAGUUCCGUGGCAGGCCAAGGAUGACGAGGAGUUCACGGCCGCACUUGAUGCAGACAUUCAGCUGACAUGGAAUGCACCUCGAUGCGGCGAUUGCAAAGAACAAGGAGUAAUCUGCGGGUUAAAGAGCAACAGCAGUGAAGAAAUCUUCUGUUUUCAUACACCAAGUAAGGAUAUUUCUUGA